AUGGCGUCCUCCACUCUGCCAGCCUCCCCCUUCCGUCCGUCUCUUCCCGGACUUCAGGCCCGGGACCCUGCUAAGCUUAAGCACGUAUCCGUUCGAACCCCCGUUCGCCGCCUUCCCGUUGCAGCCUCCGCGGCACCGUCGGGCGCCGCGGCGGCGGCGGCGAGGGAGCGCAGGCGCUUCCUGGAGCGCUACGGGCUCAACCCAGACGACUUCGAGGAAGAUGCAGAGGAGGAUCCAAGGGAAGAGAGGAGGGACAGACGGAGGCGGCGGCAGUCGGGGAGAGGGGAGCAAACUGCGGAGCCUGCAGUUACUCCAGCGAAGGCGGCGGAGCCUCGGGAGACUCACAAAAUGCUUCAGGUGCUAGGUGGAAAAGUCCGCAGAAGGAAAUUACUUUCACCCAAAGAUAGGAAUGUCCGUCCAAUGAUGGAAGUUGUCCGAGGAGCAGCCUUUGACAUUUUACAAUCAGCUGGUGGUUCUCCUGCUUCACUCAGACCAGGUCGGUGGCUAGACUUAUAUAGUGGUACUGGAUCCGUUGGAAUUGAAGCUAUGAGCCGAGGAUGUUCAGAGGCACAUUUUGUUGAGAUGGAUCCUUGGGUCAUCUCUGAGGUCCUCAAACCAAAUCUGGAGUGUACUGGAUUUAUUGAUGUGUCACACAUACAUAUGCUCCAUGUUGAAAAAUUCUUGACCAAUGCUGAAAAAUCUCAAGGCAAAUAUCCUUCCUUUGAUUAUAUUAGUGUAACACCACCAUAUCUGGAGGUCAACUAUAGCACACUACUCGUCCCAACUUGCAAGGUCACCAUUGGUUGGAAAAGAUUGCUUCAUCGUGUAAUGACAAAGAGUGCUUUCUGUACCAUAACAGCACUCGUCAAGAAGUGUAAAUCACGGUUGGGCAAGGUUACUUUUGUACCGGGGAUACUUGACCUAGCAAGGCAUAGGAAGGCGGUUGAUCUUGGUUCACUGGUCUAUCUCUGA